AUGUCCCAUCACUACCAGGAUCAGCUCAGCAACUUGCAUCUCCUCUUUGCUCUGGUCUAUGAAUCAAUGGAGAUUCUAUUUCCUAUCAAACUCAAGGUUCUUCUAGUGGUUCUGUUGUUCCAAGUUCUUCCUGCAGCUGCUGAAAUGCCCAGUCCCAACUCUCCAUGCCAGCUGAGCAGCAACAGUGAUACCAAGUAUUUUAGAGAUGGGGAAUUCAUGGUGGGAGGCAUUUUCCAUGUCAAAGAAUUAUCUAAACCAUUAAAUCUUCAUUUUGAUUACAAGCCACAUCAUGAUAAAUGUUCAAAAUCAUUAUUCAAGCGCUACCGUUAUCUACUGGUUUUCAUUUAUACAAUUGGAGAGAUCAACAAGGAUCCGGAGAUCUUGCCUAAUGUGACUUUGGGCUAUCAUAUCUUUGACUCUUGUGACGAUGCUCAGAGGUCACUGGAAGGCACAUUUAGUAUUCUAUCAGGGACACAACAACUAAUUCCAAAUUACAGCUGCUGGAAAAAUAAAAAAGUUGUGGGUUUUAUAGGAGACUUGUCUUCUGAUUCUUCUCUGAAUAUGGCAUCACUCAUAGGGAUUUACAGGUACCCUCAGAUCAGUUAUGGCUCCAGAGACCUCAUAUUUAAUGACAGAGUCCAGUUUCCUUCUUUCUACAGAACUAUUCCUGAUGAUUUAUCUGAAAUCUAUGGGAUUGUGGAACUGAUUAAGCACUUUGGCUGGAGAUGGGUCGGGCUCAUUGUAUCUGAUGAUGAGACUGGGUAUAAGGCAGGCACAAAUCUGGAGAAAGAAAUGAAGAAAAAUGGGAUUUGUUUGGCCUUCUUCAUUAGUAUCGAUGAUGGGUUAAUGGCUUCUACGAAUGGCAAUAGUGUUAGAGAAACAUUACUCAGUAGCACGGCCAAUGUGAUUGUCCUUUUAGCCAGUUUAUUGUCGGUUGAGUUUAUUCUUUUCUUUUUUGCCGUCUUUGAAAUGCCAGAGAAAUUAUGGAUUGUAUCAUCAACAUUUUUAGGGGUUUUAAAUACCGCAUAUCCCCAAAAUCGAAUAACAUUUAAUGGCAUGUUGGCUCUGUCCAUCCAACAAGGAGAGAUUCCUGGGUUUAUGGAAUAUUUAUAUGGUUUAAAUCCAUCUCUAUGUUUUAGUGAAGUUGUAUUUACAAAUAUAUCAGAGAGAUUGUCUGAUUGUGACUUGUCUGAUGCCAAUCAAAUAAUCCCAAGCAGGACAGGCAUCUCCCUUCCAAAAUGCACAGAGAGUGAAUUGUUUGGCCAAUAUGGUACGUCACCAUUCAAUGAUACAAUGAAUUUCAGAAUAUCUUACGGGGUUUACACUGCAGUAUACACAAUGGCUCUCGCUCUUCAUAAACUGUACAUGAAACAAAAACGGACAAAUCACGCUGACAGACAUGCAAGUCUACAAAGGAAUUUCAAGCAGUGGCAGUUAAAUGAUAUCAUACAGAACAAGGUUUUUGAGAAGACCUCUGAGCACAAAAUUCACUUUAAACUCAAAGGAGACCCAUCGACCCAGUAUGACAUUCUGAAAUGUUUUUUCUCCGAAAACAAUUACCAAACAUUAAAAGUUGGAAGCUUUGAUACAUCCAAACCUGCUGGAAAACAGUUGUACAUCAAUACCAGUGUUGAUCUCUGGGGUCCUUACUUUACAGAGUAUUUCUAUUUUGCCCCGCAGUGCCCUCAAUCUGAAUGCAAUGAGCCCUGCAUGCCAGGAUACAGGAGAUCUAAGAUAGAAGGGAAACCGCUCUGUUGCUAUAAAUGUGUAGCGUGUGCAGAAGGUGAAAUAUCUAAUACCACAGAUGCACAGAGCUGUAUAAGGUGCUUGCAAGAUGAAAAGUCUAACAAAGAAAGAAACGGCUGCAUCCCAAAGAAUAUAAACUUCCUCUCCUGUGAAGAUGUGUUGGGUGCCACUUUAUCCUCUAUCUCUGUAAUAUGCACUGUUACAUGUACUAUAAUUCUGGCAAUGUUUAUAAAGUACCGUGAGACUCCUAUAGUGAGAGCCAACAACAGAAAUCUCAGUUGUAUCCUCCUCAUCUCUCUCAUGUUGUGUUUCCUCUGCACUUUAUUAUUCAUUGGUCGUCCAACACAGAUAUGUUGUCUUCUCCGACAAGUAACAUUUGGGAUUGUAUUUACUAUUUCUGUUUCAUCUGUGUUGGCUAAAACUCUCACAGUUAUUAUUGCCUUCAAUGCCACAAAGCCUGGGAGCAAACUGAAGAAGUAUGUAGGAACCCAACUGUCCAUCAUAUUAGUCAUUGCAUGUUCUUUGGGUGAGAUUAUGAUCUCUAUUGUAUGGAUGGCCACAAAUCCUUCAUUCACAGAGGCUGACUUUCUUUCAGACCCAAAUUACAUUAUUUUACAGUGUAAUGAAGGAUCAGGUUCUUUUUUCUUCUGUAUAAUUGGAUAUAUGGGAACCUUGGCCCUACUAAGUUUCAUUGCUGCAUUUCUAGCCAAGGAUUUCCCUGACAGAUUUAAUGAGGCUAAAAACAUCACUUUCAGUAUGUUGGUGUUCUGUAGUGUGUGGGUGACAUUUGUCCCUGCAUACCUGAGCAGUAAGGGCAGUAGAAUGGUGGCUGUUGAGAUAUUUGCUAUCCUAUUCUCUAGUGCUGGAUUAUUAGGCUGUAUAUUCAUUCCAAAAUGCUAUAUAAUUCUUCUAAGGCCUGAACUGAAUGCAAAAGAUAAUCUUGUUAGAAAACAAUACUAUGAAUGUGUUCACUUCCGGGUUCUCAUCCUCUGUGACCCCUGUGUCAUAACCUCCCGAAGAGGCACUGAAUUUGAAAAUUGA